GUUACUACCAAUUUAAAGAGCGUUACACUCUGAACAACACUCCCUCUCUGAGUUUGUGGAAGAUGCCAUUGCCAUGACAUGAAGACCAAACCCAUUAUUGCCUUAGCCUUCUUCUUCUUCUUGUGCUCAACCUGAAAGCAAAAGAAACAGAUCUGAGAUAAUGGGUUGUUUUCUUCAUUGCUUUGGUUCCUCCAAAAGCACAAAACCUAGGCGCAAGGCACAACAUCACCACCAUCGAAUUGCUAGAGACAGGUUGGAGCAACCUACGGCGUGUUGUUCUGUUCAGGAUUACUCCGAAACAGUGGUACUUAGCACUGCAUCACAAGAAGUCCAGGCUAAACCUUUGGAGCAGAUAAACGUGAGCCCUAAAAAGAAAGUAACUUUUGAUGUCAAUGUGAAAACGUACGAGCCCGAGCCUGAUGAAGUUGCUGAUUACCAACUUGAGAGAAGUGAAGAGGGUAGAGAGGAAAGUGCUUUUGUUGAAAAGUUAAGCCAAACAAAGUCUUACUCUGAAGUAAGUUCGGUGACUUCAGCGAGGUCUUACCCUACAAACCAUAGGUACCACAGUUGCACGUGUAGUGAUGAUGAAGAUGGAGCAAUGGAGUAUUGGGAUAGUGAUGUUACUGAUGAGGAUGAGGAUGAGGAUGAUGAUGGUGAUAGUGACAUGGGAGAAGAGUAUGAUGAAGUGGAAGAGGAUUUUGAAGAUGGAAUAGUGUACUCAAGGUCAAGAAAUGGUGCUAAUCAAGUGGUUGUUGGAGAGGUGGAAAGUCCAAUUCCAAUGCAUGAUAAGGAUCUGAAGUCAAUUGGGUUGAACUCCAAUGUUCGAGAUAGGAGUGUGUAUGUUAAUCCUUUGCUGAACCCUGUGGAGAACCUCACUCAAUGGAAAACAGUUAAAGCUAAAAGGGCACCCCCAUUGGUGUCUCAGAAGGAGAAUUUGGUUUUGAAUCAAGAGUCUAGAGCUGCAUUUGGAGCAGAAACAGAAACACCAAAGAAGUUGAACCGGGAAAUUGCAGUUGAUGCUAGCCUUUCGAAUUGGUUGGGUUCAUCAGAAACUACACCUGUUGUUAGCAAGGGUUUGUAUGCGGGUACCCCGGAGAGGAGCAGCAGCAGUUCACAAGGCUCAAAUUCAGUGGUGAGCCAUGAAGAUAGGCCUAUUUUAGGUGCAUUGACAGUUGAAGAGCUCAAACAUUUUUCGGCUUCUUCUUUGCCAAGAAAAUCACCAAGGGAUGAGAUGAUGCCCAUUAUAGGCAGUGUUGGGAGCUACUGGAAUUGUGGGGGCUAUGCUGAGGAUUCUGGCUCAGCAAACCGAGUAAGAUCAAGAAAAGGGUACAUUUGAAGUGAAAUUUGGAUCAAGUAUUGGUUGAGGGUCAAUUUUGAUUGUGAAAAAUAAGAGAGGGAAUUGGCAUUUCAACCCCAUCAGAGACAGUAUUAGAGAAAGUUGUUCCUUGUGGUAUGUUAGACAACCUUCCAAUGAUGUGAUUUUGGGAGUGUAUUGUGUUGGGGUGCAAUUUUUUGAUUCUUUUGUGAAUUUGAUAGUGUUUGUUGUUUGCUUUUCUUUUGUAAUAUGCGGUUGGAUUAAUACUAUUGUCAAUUUGUCAUGUAUGUACUCCAAAGGGAGCUUAUUUAUCUGCUGUAUAUUGUCUCCGCAUUUUCUUCCAUGCUGAUGAUUGAUGAAGAAGUCACAGGGGUUGAGAACAA